AUGGCUGCAACAAAUUAUGUUGUUACAGUUCAACGACCUACACAAGUAACAGCACUUGCAACAGGCUAUUUUACAUCAUCAACUGAAUUGAAUUUAAUUGUUGCUAAAAAUACACAUUUUGAAAUAUAUAUUAUUGGUUCUGAAGGUCUUAAAUUAGUCAAAGAUGUUUGUCUUUAUGGACGAAUUAAUGUACUCAAAUGUUUUCGUUUAACUAAUAUGAACAAAGAUGUUUUAUUUAUUUUUACGAAUAAAUAUCAUGGAAUGAUAUUAGACUGUCAAAAAACAGAUAAUGAUCAAUAUGAAAUAUUAACAAAAUGUCAUGAUAAUAGUGUUGCUUUUAUUGGUUCAAUUUUUGGUGAUAGUCAACUUAUUCGACUUCUUCCAGAGCCACAAAAUGGUAGUCAUUUAGAAAUACUUGAAUCCUAUACAAAUCUUGCACCUAUUCUUGAUAUGUCUGUCAUUGAUCUUGAACGACAAGAUCGACAAUUAGUAACAUGCUCAGGAAAUGCAAAAGAUGCAUCAUUACGUUUUAUUCGAACUGGUAUUGGAAUUCAUGAACAUGCAUCAAUUGAUUUACGAAAUAUUAAAGGAAUUUGGGCAUUAAAAAUUAAUAAUCAAUAUGAUAAUCAUCUUGUUGUUGCAUUCUUUGAUCAAACAAGAUUAUUUCAUUUACAAAAUGAUGAAAUCGAAGAAAUUGAAUUACCAGCAUUUGAUUUUCAACAUCAAACAUUAUUUUGUACGAAUGUUACAUCUAAUCAAUAUAUACAAAUAACAACCUAUUCAAUACGUUUAAUUGGUAAUAAUGGUCAAGAUUUACUUACUGAAUGGAAAAAUGAAAAUAACGAAAUAACAGUUGCUUCAUCAAAUCAAACACAAUGUGUAUGUGCUAUUGGAAAUGAAUUAUUCUAUUUUGAAAUUGGUCCAGCAACUUUAAAAGAAAUUAAUAAAUGUCAAUUACCAUAUAAUAUUGCUUGUUUGGAUAUAACACCAUUAAAUUCUCGAGAUGAGCGAACUAAUCUUUGUGUUAUUGGUCUUUGGACACAAAUAUCUGUUUGGAUAUGUCGAUUACCAACACUCGAUAUUCUACAUCAAGAAUCAUUAACAUCAGACACAUUACCACGAUCAGUUGCAAUGAUAACAUUUGAUGGUCAACCAUAUGUUUUUGUUUCAUUAGCUGAUGGUCCUAUUGUUUAUUAUUUACUUGAUAUUGAACAUGGUUUAUUAUAUGAACGAAAAAAAGUUCCAUUAGGUACAAAACCUACAACAUUAACUAUAUGUCAUCAUACAGAUUUAUCUUCAACAUCAAAUAAUUCACGUACUGUUUUAUUUGCUUGUAGUGAUCAUCCAUCAGUAAUAUCAUCAACAAAUAAUAAACUUAUUUUUUCAUCUGUUAAUUUACGUGAAAUUGUUUGUAUGUGUUCAUUUAAUUCAGAAUAUUAUGGAUCAAGUUUAACAUUAGUUACUGAUAUGGGUCUUAUACUUGGUCGUAUUGAUGAUAUACAAAAGUUACAUGUACGUUCAGUAGUAUUAGGUGAAUCAGUAAAACGUAUUGCUUAUAUAGAUGAAGAAAAAGUUUAUAUUAUUUUAACAGAAUAUAUGAAUUUAUAUCAAACAGAUACUACUAUACCUAUUAGUAAACAAGCAUAUCAAAAAAUAGAUUGUACGACAAAGAUAGAUAAAAUGAAAGAAUUUACAGAAGAACAACAACAAGAUGAUAUUUCUAAUUCAAUUGUUGUUCUUGAUCAACAUACACAUGAAGUUAAACAAUUUUUUCGAUUAUUUUUAGCACAUGCAUCUGUUAAACUAUUAAAUAAUGAAGAAGCAAUUAGUUUAUGUGUACUAACAUUUGCUGAUGAUCCUUCAAUACCAUAUAUUGCUGUUGGUACAACAAUUGUAUUUAAUGAUGAAGAUGUACCAAAAUGUGGUCGAAUAAUUUUAUUUCGUUAUAAAAAUGGUCAUAUGAAUAUGAUUGCAGAAAACGAAUUGAAUGAUAUACCAUAUAGAAUGUUACCAUUUCAAGGCAAAUUACUUGUUUCAAUUGGUAGUUCAAUUCGAUUAUAUAAAUUGUCAUUGGAAAAUCAUGAAUUAAUACAAUUAUCGAAAAUAUCCACAGAUUUCGUUGAAUGUUUAGAAUUAAAAGUUAAAGAUGAUUUUAUUUUAACUGGUGAUUUAAUGAGAUCAUUAACAAUUUUUCGCUAUAAUGUUGAUGAAAACAAAUUUGAAAAUAUUGCACAUGAUCCUCAUCCACAAUGGACAAAAGCAUGCGAAUUUAUUGAUGAUGAUACAUUUAUAUGUGCAGAAGAUGGUGGAAAUUUAAUUUCAUGUCAUAAAAAUAGUGGUUCAACAAAAGAACAAGAAAGAAACAUAUUAAAUGAACUUGGAUUAUAUCAUCUAGGAGAAGAAAUUAAUUUAUUUCGCCGUGUCCCACAACAAACAGCUGAAUCGACAAUAACACUUGAAACAUGUAUUUUAAUGGGUGCUGUAUCUGGUUAUAUUGGUCUUGUUCUUCAAUUACCACCAGCAUUAUUUAAAUUACUUAUGUCAUUACAAUUAAAAUUAGCUGAAUAUGUUCCAAGUGUUGGUAAAAUUGAUCAUAGUACAUGGCGUUCAUUUGAUUCUGAUGGACGUUCAAAUAUUUCAUCUGGCUUUGUUGAUGGUGAUCUUAUUGAAACAUAUCUUGAUUUACCAAAAACUGUUCAACAGGAGCUUAUUAAAGAUUUACAUGGAGAAGAUAACGUUGAAUUGAAUACAACUGUUGAAGAACUAGUCAAAACAAUUGAAGAACUUUCACGAAUACAUUGA